AUGUAUCCAACUUUUACUAAUAACAAUGCCAGCCAAGACGCUGUUAGUGUGUAUUCUGGCAAUAGCACUAACACCAACAGCUCUUUUUCUUGUCGCGGUGGAGCGCAUAACCCAUCUAGAAUGAUUCCUCGAUCCAAUUCCACAUCUGAUCUGUUUGAUAUCCCCUUGCAACAUGGCACCAAGGCGAAGAAAAGGAAACAUCCUCCCUAUGCGAUAUCACCAGAGAUAGCACGUAUUAACGGUAGAUUUAUGAGUUCGAACGCAUCGCUGGCGAGUCGUGAUAAAAAUAAUAACUACGUAACAUCUAAGGGUCAUGAGCAACAUAAUCAAAGCUUGAAGGCAAAGGCGAAACUUUUUCCGCAAGAUAACAGUACUUAUCCUCAAAAGAAGCCCCAUUCUCAUAGCUGCAAUAAGAGCCAGGGGGUUCCGUUGCAACACUCCCAUCAGGAUCCAAAUUCGAAAACGUUUUACGCUGGUCAUGUUCGACCUCUGAAGGAUUCCGGCAUUUACUUGGCGUCAAAUAGCAGAUUGAACCCUAUACUGGAGGGUACUCAAUUUAGAAGGCCUUUGACUCCAUAUGAGAUGCAAAGGAAACAAAUGAAAAAAUCGUUUCAGUUCCCAAACGGGGAGAAUUUUACACCAAAAAAUAGAUCCGUCAUCGGUUUGUCACGGUUAGACUCAGCUAACCCGAAAGAUACACAGAGAACGAUGUCUAAUGCAUCAAGAUCCAAUAGUUUAGCAAUGAUUAACCCAGGAGCUCAGGCUGCUCUUCAUUCGUUGUCUAGAUCUCAGUCAAUGAGUUCCGUGACUCUUAAAUAUAAUGCAUCUCAACCACUGGUGAAAAUGAACGGUUCACCUGUUACUUCUGGAAGUAGCAGUAGUAGUUACAAUAGUAUGAGAGAACAUGCUAGUAAUGACAGUACUGAUCCAAGCAGUGAGCCAAGUACCAAUAGCAGUGCUACUGGACUCUCGCCUCCUCCAAAAGGUCCUUUGAAACCGAUUUCAAUUAUUCAGUGUAAACCAGUACCCAUAAGACCUACUGCUCCACAGAUCCGUAGUACCAAGAAUAAUAUGCAUUCAAUGAAAGCUUCAGAUAGUUUACCAAACAAUGUCAUGGAGAAGGCACAAGGACCAUCAAAAUGGGGCACGUUCUUUAAGAAAAUGUUUUCACCAUCAACACAUUCAUUUCUUUCGAGAAAAAAGAAAUUGAUUGCGAAAGGAAAUGAAGAACGGAAACUAAAAAAGAAAGAUGUAGAUAUUGUAUGCUCCGCAUCCCCUUCAGAACUUCAAGCAGAGACUCCAGCAACUUUGAAACAAAUGUUAGUAGAUGUGAGUGCCUCCAUACCAAUUCAUGAAUCUUCAUCCAAAGAUAACGAAAUUGGAAAUCUAAAUAAAAAGGACGAACAGGUCAAUACGAAAGCGGAUGAAAACGAUGACGAUGAUGAUUACGAUGAUGAUGACAACAUACUAAUGGAUACCGAUCUAGUAUUUGAUAGCUUGCUGUUGAAGGCUGAUGAAAAGCAUCUAUCUGCCGUCAAUAAGCAAAAGGACUUGGCAAAAAAACUUUCCCAAUCGGACACCACAAAGAAUGAUGACAAUUCCACUAAAGAAAUAGAUGUACGAGCUCACAAGGAGGAAGGGACUCUCGACCCUCAGUUAGAUUAUGAUCUUAUCUCAGAUUUCUCAAAGUUAGGGUCUAUAAUUAAUCAGUUCCCUACCCUACCGGAUCCUCAGGCAGAUGUCUCUUUAAAAUUACCGCUAAGGUCAAACAAGCGACCAGUUAUGACUAAUAAAGAUUCAAUAAGAUCUUUCUACCAAACGAACAGACAUAAUACAGAAUAUACCAGUAGGCUACUAGAAAGGCUGAACCAAGAGUGGACGUUAGUCCAUUUAGAUCAAUCCAUUAAAUCAUCGCUAGGUCAAGGUGUGUCGAUGCUGAAAAAUAGACAGUUAAGAUUUUCUGGAAGCAUCUAUGUGAACGAUACGUGGUCUCCCCACGAGUAUGAACGUUGCGAUAAGAAAUUUAUUAAGAAUCGCCGCAGAAUGAUGCAAUUGGAAAAUGAGAGGUUUGUUCAAGCAAUAAAAUUUGAGCUCAAUGAAUAUAAAAGGAACGAUAUGAUUGUACAUCAAGAUAGUGCACAGUACACGCAUUUUUUUCUGUAG